AUGGACAAAGGGUUGGUGAUGGGAUUUUCCAGUUCAGUUUCACAGAAAGAUUCCGUGCCAUCGAUUACUGACAGGAUUCUUGUUAAGAUGAGAGAGGGUUUGCGAUCAUGUGCAAACAAGCUUAAAGGGAUGUUUAAUUUGAACGAAGUCCCUGUUGAGGAUGAUGGAUCUUCUUCCAAGUCACCUCCUCGUUCUUCUAACUGUUCAGCCGCAGAAAAGGUUGGCUCUGAGUUGGAUUUGGCCAUUCCUUCCAAUGCUGUUGAUGUAGGAGCAGAAGUGACAAGGGGAGACAAUGGAGGGGAUUUUAGCCGGCUUGAUGGUGAAAUUCCUGGGAGAUUCGAGGGCAAUAAUGGAUGUGCCGCCGAGCGUUCAGUCCAAAAGGGCUCGAGUGAAUCUACACCCCUGGAGGGCCGUAGAGAUGCUGCACCUGUUGAUGUUCCCUGUGUGAAUGCUAUUAGUGGUGUCAAAAGGAAAAGUGAAGCAACUGGAAAAGGUCAACGGGGGAGGAAGAGAAAGGUUGUCAGCAGUGAAAAAUCCUAUGCUGGGGGUUUGAAGGGAACUUCCAUCAAGGAGGUGGGCAAUGAGGAGCAUGGUCAGGAUGCGGUAGAAGCUUUUGUGUGUGCUUUACCUGUGCAAAAUCCAGUUUCAGUCAACAAGGGACUGACGAAGAUUAGACCAUUGAAGGACAAUAAGAAUGCUGAUCGGGUUGGUGCUUUGCAUGCUAUUAAUGGUGUUAAAAUAAAGGAUGAAGCUACUGGAAAAGGUCGACCAGGAAGGGAAAGAAAAAUGGCUGGCUGUGAACUAUCAAGUGUCCAGAGUGUAGAGAGAGUUUCCCUUGCCGAGAAGAUUGUCAAAGCUGCACAAGUUGAGGAGGAUGGUAGUAAGCAUGAAAUGCGUGCUCAUACGGCUGAUGUGGGUGGCGAUGUGGCUGGUGACCCUACAGGGAAAACUGAUGAAAGCAGGCAGAUAGCCAGCAAGGGGAGAAGGGGAAGGAAGAGGAAGGUACUAGUGGCUUCUGGAGGGAACAACGACAAUUUGGAUACUGGUAAGACGAAAAGAUUAGCUUCUGAUCGUAUACCUCAAAUUGUCGGCAGGGUCCUGAGGUCAAGGACAAGGGAAGCUCAUGCCGCUGAGCUGGAGGUUUGUGCAGGAGAAGAGAGAAAUGUUAUAGACACAAAUCCCCAGGUGGAACUUGAGGUGUCUGCCAGUGGAAACCUGGAUAUGGAAAUUGAGGAAAGGGCAAGUUCUGCUGUCAAACGCGGUCGUGGAAGGCCUCCUGCAGCCAAACGUGGUCGUGGAAGGCCCCCCAAACUGCAUGGAAAAAAUUGGAGCUCCAAGGCGAGUUUAAGAAAUAAAACUAAGUUGGUGGUCCACAAAGAAGUUACCUUACCUGGAGGAAAUGUGGUGAAGGGUCAUAAAUUAGUGAAACUACGGAAGAGAAAGGUUAAAUCUGCUUUACUCAACAUCACACAUAAGCACAGUAACGUUGAUAAGAACGAAACCAGCCCGAAACCUAAAAAAGAAAAACAGCUCCUGAAAGAGGAAAUCGUUGAUAUUCUUAAAAAAGCAGGUUGGACCAUUGACUAUCGCCCUAGGAACGGGAAAGACUACCUUGAUGCCGUCUAUGUUGAUGGCCAGGGAAGAACUCACUGGUCGGUCACCUUGGCAUACCAAAAGCUUAAAGCAAAGAUUGAAGGUAACACUGCAGAUGAGAAAGAGAAAUCUGCUUUCCGUCCCAUUGCUGCUGAUAGAAUCAGCAAGCUUUUUAGGAUAACCAAGGACGGAAAGAAGUCUAAGAAGGGCCGCAUGCCAGGUAGGAAUAAAAAUGGAGGUGAGAGCAGUGCACGAGAAAAUUCUGGGUCUCAUCGAGUAUCAGAGCAGUGCGAGCAAGAAAAUUCAAAGGCAUGCACGAGAAAUGAAGAACCGGAAGGGGGACGCACCCUUCUUGGGUGGUUGCUGGACAUGGGAACUAUUUCCCUUGGUGACAGAGUCCAGUGUAUCAACCGCAAAAGGACCGAUACGACACCUAAGGGGAAGAUUACUAGGGUGGGUAUAUGCUGCGAGUGUUGUGGCAAAGUAUUGUCCCUUGCUGACUUUGAAUAUCAUCAUAGGGGUAGUGCCCUUGGCCAGCCUCUCCAAAAUAUAUGUUUGGAGACAGGACAGUCCCUACUGCAAUGCUUGACAAAAGCUUGGAAGAGAGUGGAAGAGAUUCAUAAUAUUGGUUUCAAUUUUGUGAAUCUUGAGAAUGAUCCUGCUGAUGAUACAUGCAACUUUUGCAACGAUGGUGGUAAUUUGAUAUGCUGUGAUGGCUGCCCGUCCACGUUUCAUCAAAGCUGCUUGCAGAUUCAAAAACUCCCAACUGGAGAUUGGCAUUGCAUCUACUGUUCAUGCAAGUUUUGCGGGAUGGUUUGCUGGGAAAACUCUCUGGGAAAUAAAGUUCUGGGGCCAAAUUUCUCUGGAAACAAAGUUCCCGAUCCAGAUUACUUUGGAUACAUUACUUGCCUUUUAUGUGAAGAGAAAUUCCAUGUGAGCUGUGCGCUGAGGAAAGAAGGUGCAAACAUCAAUACAGAAGUCUUUCAGUUUUGUGGGAGUGGAUGUCAGAAGCUUUUUGAGAACCUACAGAAGCUUCUGGGUGUCAAACAUGAGCUUAAAGACGGGUAUUCCUGGACCAUUCUUCGUCGUCAAGAUUUAUCUGGUACCGCUGAUCCAUUGAAGGUUGAAAGCAACUCUAAGUUAGCCAUUGCACUCUCGAUCAUUGAUGAAUGCUUUACACCAAUCAUUGAUGAAAGAAGUGGCAUCAAUAUCAUCCGUAAUGUCUGCUACAGUUGUGGGUCGAAUCUUAAAAGGCUAAACUACACUACAUUCUGUACUUUCAUUCUGGAGAAGAAUGAUGAGCUUGUGUCUGCAGCAACUAUAAGAGUACAUGGGAAUAAGCUAGCAGAGAUGCCAUUCAUUGGAACCCGUUUUAGCCAUCGGCGUAAAGGAAUGGCCCGCCUGCUUCUUACUGCAAUCGAAACGGCUCUAUGCUCUAUUGAUGUGGAGAAGCUGGUUAUACCUGCUGUAUCAGAACUUAGUGAAACAUGGACAAAAGUUUUUGGUUUUGUUCCUCUUGAAGAAUCUAAAAGGCUGGAGAUGAAGUACAUGAGUCUAGUACUUUUUCCUGGAAAUAAUAUGUUGGAAAAGCCUUUAUGCAAGGGCCGUAUCGCUGGCGGAAAAAUGACUGCUGCUGGUAUGGAUCCUCAGCCUUCAAAAGAGCAUGUGAUUGAAAACAACAGUCCUACAGAUGACGCAUGUACUGCAGAUGUUGGAUCAGGGUUGCAUCUAAAUUGUAAUGUCUCAGAUCCUGGACGUGGCAAAAUGAAUGGUUUGGCAAAUUCCAUCUCUUCUAAGGAUGAACAUCUCUUGUGCACCUGA